GAGAAUAAGAGAUAAAUGAUUGGUCCCCUCACAAAUUCGUCUCUCUCUGGUUGUGUGAGUUUCCGCGAACUCCUCCUUCACUACCAAGUUUCAAGUCUCUUCAAGUACAAGAAGCGAUCUCGUUUCGUCUCUGGAAGUAGGUUAUCACAGGCGCUACUGAAAGUCUAUGCAGAUAUUGUCCACAGAGUAACAUAUUUAUUAUUAUUGCAGAUAAAUUAUUUAAUUACAAUGGGUGGAAGUAUGAUAGAUGAUGAUUGGGAAUUAGCCUCCUCAUCCAGUGAGGUCCGGACUGUGGUUUUAGUAGGGCGUACGGGGAAUGGCAAAAGUGCAACUGGUAAUAGCAUUCUUCGUAGGAAGGCUUUCAAAUCAAAAACAAGUUCUUCCGGAGUUACAAGUACUUGUGAAAUGCAGAGGACUGUAUUAAAAGAUGGCCAAGUUGUGAAUGUUAUUGACACGCCUGGACUAUUUGAUUUUUCAGCUGGAUCUGACUUUAUUGGAAAAGAGAUUGUGAAGUGUAUGGACCUAGCGAAGGAUGGGAUCCAUGCAGUUCUUGUGGUUUUCUCUGUCAGGACCCGUUUUUCAAAGGAAGAGGAGGCUGCAAUUCAGAGCCUGCAGACAUUUUUUGGAGAGAAAAUUAGUGAUUACAUGGUAGUUAUUUUUACUGGUGGGGAUGAUCUAGAAGAUAAUGAUGAGACAUUGCAAGAUUAUUUGGGCCGUGAGUGCCCUGAGCCUUUAAAGGAAAUUCUCCACCUGUGUAAAAACCGUGUAGUGCUUUUUGAUAACAAAACUAAGGAUGAAAAGAAACAGGUUGAGCAGGUACAUCAACUGCUCUCCCUUGUGGACAUGGUCGUGGCAGAAAAUGGUGGACAGCCAUACUCCGAUGAAUUUUUGGCUGAGUUGAAGCAAGGAGCUAUGAAAUUGCGUAAUAAACGAGAAGAAGUUGAAUCUUUAAAGGGUUAUACAAAACAGGAGAUAUUGGGGUUGAAGGAGCAGAUUUACAGGUCAUAUGAGGAUCAGCUCAGACGAAUAACAGAGAUGGUUGAGCUGAAGCUCAGGGAGACAACUCAGAGGCUUGAAAAAAAAUUAGCAGAAGAGCAAGCUGCACGAUUGAAGGCAGAACAGAUUGCACAAGCCGCACAAUUGAAAUCAAAUGAUGAAAUUCGUCAGCUUAGGGAAAGUUUGGAGAGAGCCCAGAGGGAGACUGAGGAACUACGCAGGAAAUCUGAGAGAUGUACCAUAUUAUGAUAUUCUGGCCAUAUUCCCUUUCAUUACUGGAUAUAUACGAACUACUACUUAAAUGAGUCUUCAGUUGCUAUGAGUUGUUACAGUACAGAACGUUUGCAACUUGUUUAGUACGCUCCAUCAAUUAGUACAUAGCACUUUUUAUAAUGCUGGUCGAAUCUUUAGAAGA